AUGUUCAUUAAAAAAAUAAUUCUUUCUUUAUUCAUCUUUCAAUUUCCAGUUAUAUCAGCAAGUAGAUAUGGUGCAUUUUGUAAUAGUGAUAGUGAUUGUGAUCAAUAUCAAACAUGUUUAAAUAAACUUUGUCUUUGUAAUCUGAAUGAAAGACGUUUUUGGACAGGAACAAUGUGUGCUAUAUGUGCGAAAGAAUAUAUUGUAACACGAGAUAGAUGUUAUAAAUAUUUUUAUGAAUUAAAAACAUGGGAAGCAUCUAGAAUUCAUUGUCGUGCUCAAUAUGCUGAUUUAGUGACAUGGCGUGAUAAUCAUGAUGAACAAUUUAUUCGACCUCUUAUACAAAGUUGGGUAUCUACACCUCUUUUUGUACAGACAUGGUAUUUGAUGCUGAAACCAAAACCAAAUCAGCCGUAUGUUAUAUGGGCUGGUGCUAAGAUAACUUCAUUAAAACCAUAUACUAUUCAAUGGAUGGAUCCUGAUGGAAUGAAAUUAGACUUGACUAGUACCGAAUGGUGUGAUCCAACAGAUCAUUCAGGUUAUUCAUUACAAAAAGAACCAACAUCAGAAACUAGACAAGGUCCGAAUGGUACUGAACGUGAAGAAUGUGUUACAUACAAUUUUGGUCUACCAGGCUCAAAUUUUCUCUGCUUGUCAAAUGAUUACUGUAGUCAAAAAUAUCCAUUUAUAUGCGAAAUGAAUGCUGCUAGUAUGAAAUUAGCUAGUUCUGCGCAUUAUGAUACUAAUAAUGUUGGCAUUUCAUCCGGAACAGAUCAAGGUACUUCAUUUGAAACAAAUGGUAACACAAUCGAUUUUGAAGAACUACCAUCUCCUCCAACAAAAGAUCCUAAUUUUACUGCGGAAAAUCUUGGUUCAGCAGGAGCUCUUAAAGAAGAGUCAGGUUUUCUAACAACGACAAAUAUAAUUAUAAUUGCUAUUGUAGGAGCAGUUCUUAUUAUUGGAGCCAUUGCUGGAUAUAUAUUUAUAAAAAAUAAAAAAAAAAGUACACUUAAUCCUACUGGUAGAAAUGAAGGUGCAACUCAAAGUAGACCAAGUUUUGCUAGUUCAAUUGGAAGCAUGGCGGAUGAAUAG